AUGUCCCCAAAGGUCGUCACCAUUGUUGGAGCCACCGGCCAGCAAGGCAAGGCAGUCAUUGCAGCUUUCGCUAAUAAUCCUGAAUACCAUAUCCGUGGACUGACUCGCGAGCCGGACGGCCCCGGCGCUAAAGAACUCGCCGCUCAGGGCAUUGAGAUCGUUAGAGCCGAUAUCAACGAUAUCUAUGCCACUACUGCUGCCUUCAAGGGAUCUCAUAUCAUCUUCGCCGUUACUGAUUUCUGGGCACUAUUUCAGAUGCAUGGAUAUAUGAAGGCCAAAGAUGUCGAAACUGAGCAGGCUAUCAACAUGGCCAGGGCUGCUUCGGCAACAUCCACUCUGGAACACUAUAUCUGGAGCACCCUGCCCAAGGGCAACAAAGACUACCCUGUGUACCACUUCGAAUCGAAAUCCGUUAUUGACGACUUUAUCCGUAAGGACCCAGUGUUGUUGGCCAAGACCACCUUUCUCAUGGUCUGCUUCUACGGCAAUAACUUACAAAUUGCUUCUUUCCGUCCUUACUGGAUCAACACUGUCAAUAAAUAUGUCCAGUUCACCACCUACGAUCCUGAAACUGUCAUACCUUUCAUCGGCGAUGUUAGCAACCUCACUCCUUUCGUCAAGGCCAUAGUUGGAACUCCAGAGAAAGUCAAAAAUGGCACUAUGGUUAUUGGUAGCAUUGGACAAUGGACAGCUAAGAAGUGGGUUGAAGAAUGGGCUGCAGGAAAGGGCGCGAAAGUGCAGUUGAUGCGCGUCUCUCGCAAAGACUACGACUCCUUGUUCCCAUGGCCCCGCUGGUCUGAAGAGUUUGCCCUCAUGAUGGAUUAUUUCCGUUUUGUCCCACUUCAGGAAUGGAUUGAGCCCGGCGUUAACAUUCUGACUGCGGAGCACCUGAAUGUCACCCCAGUCCAGACCCUGGAAGAAUGGGCCAAGACCUACGAGCUGCCUGAUGCGAGCUUGUCCACCAUCUGA